AUGCCCGUAAUGCUUCAUACCAGAACGAUAUCAAACGGUCUUCUUUCACGUUCUUUACAUAAUCUUUUUACUUUAAAUUGUUCACACCUUAUUAAUUUUUAUAAUGUUCUUUCGGGGCAAAAAAGAUUUUCGGGACACAAUAAAUGGAGUAAAGUAAAACAUGUUAAAGGAGCCAAAGACGUUGAACGCGGUAACUUAUUUGCAAAACUUACCAAAGAAAUUCAACUUUCUAUAAAAAUCGGUGGGAGCACAGAUCCUAGUAUGAAUCUUCGUCUGGCCGCGGCAUUAGCGCAAGCAAAAAAGGCGUGCUUACCUAAAGAUAAUGUGGAAAAUGCAUUCAAAAGGGCGCUUGGCCAAGGAAAAGAUGAAAAUUGUGUUGAAAGCGUAACUUAUGAAGGUUAUGGACCAGGUGGAAUCGCAUUUAUAAUAGAUACGUUAACAGAUAAUAAAAAUAGAACCGUAAAAGAAAUAAAAAAUCUUUUUACUAAAAGCGGAGGGUCAAUGUCAAACGUAUCUUGGAUGUUUGAAAAGAAAGGUACAAUCCAGUUUAAUUCAGGUAGCACACAGGAUACCCUUGACAGAAUGAUAGACAAUGCAAUCGAAAUAUAUGGUGUUGAAGAUAUACAAGAAUUGGAAGAUAAUGUAUUAGAGAUUAGGUGCCCUAAUUCAUCUGUUAAUAUAAUUUCUCAAGAAUUGCUAACAAAGUAUAAUUAUGAAGUUACUAGUAUGAGUAAUGGAUACAUACCUUCAACUACUGUCAAAGUUGAUAAUGAUGACAAAGAAUUAUUAGAUAAACUUAGCAAGUUUAUCAAGUCGCUUAGUGAUCACGAGGAUGUUGUUGGGUUUCAUAAUAACGCCGAAUAA